AACGUGACACACACCCAGACAAUCAACGGCCCCCCACGCACGCACACAUCAAGCGCAGCUGAUCCCCCAGUUGAUCGAUCCGGCAGCUAGCUAGCCAUGGCCAUGGCCGGGAGGAAGGUGACGACGAGCAGCGCCAGCGUCGCCGCAGCGCUGGUGGCGCUGCUGAUCGUGGCGGCGGCGUCGGGCGCGGCCGGGAUUCAUGUGUGCAACGUGGACACGGGGAGCAUGCUGAACAACUGCAGGUCCUACUGCUCGGUGGGCAGCAACGAGGCCAGCCCCAGCGGCGCGUGCUGCGGCGCGGUGCGCGGCGCCAACUUCAAGUGCCUCUGCAAGUACAAGGGCUUCCUGCCCAAGGACAUCGACGCCAACCGCGCCAUGCAGAUCCCCGCCAAGUGCGGCUACGGGCCGGCCUCCUGCUAGUCACCCACUACCAACAGCUUGCUACCAACUUUCACUCGUUCGUAGGAGUGUACGUACGUAGGUUGAUCUGAUGUGCGUGCAUGCUUUGUGUUGGCCAUGCAUGCUACUACCUUUGUAUCCUCUUCCGCUUUUCCUAAGUCAUGUUGCUGUCUGUCCACAACUAUGUGGCAGAAAUAAAACUUAUUUCCCGCGUCUUUC